AUGGACGAGAAUACUCGAAGCUUCCUGGCCCAGGCUUUGCGGGAUGCAUUGGCAGCAUGUGGUAUUGAUGAUGAAGGCUACAUUGAUUCUUUCAUUUCUCAGUUUGACGACUACGUCCUCCGGGCUCAUAGAGCCACCGCUAGGGGCAAUCUGGAAGAGUCACGACUUCGAAGUAGCAGCUCUGUUAAUCAGAAGCCUGCGGCAACAUCGAACCAAGGCCUUGGAAUCCAUCGGCCUUUGCAACCGCGGAAAAGAAAGUACGCCAUUCAAACAGGCGCAGCGAAUGCAAAAAAGCAAAGUUCAAAAACUGCCAAGCAAAAGACUGCUGGGCGAUUUAAAGAGAGCGGUGACAUUUCCACCACUUUCCACACAUUUGACAGGGAUCCCGCAAUAGCCGGCUUCCAGGCUCCGAUUUCGUACAGUGUCGAUCAAGAGGAAAAUCAUCAGCUUGUUGAAGCCUACACCACGAACUACGAGAAGGCUUAUUUGUCACCCGUACUUCAGGGGCAGUGUAGUGAACACCCUGUGGCUGAACCUCCAGUUGCUUUACCCGUCAGCGAUUUUCCGUCCUAUCAGUCAGACUCCGCCUAUACGGUAAAAGCAUUGGCGAUUGACCCUAUCAAGAUCAGGAACUACGUUGAUGAGAUCGCGGAAUAUGAUUAUGAAAAGGCCGUCAGAACGGUUCGAAAGGACACUGCUCUCACAAUGGGCCGAAGUGUUCAGAGCCGGUGCAACGAGACCAUCUUUUGGAAAAUCAUCCUCAAAGGUGCUGCGCUGGUUGAUGAAGCAACACUGCCGUCCGCGAAGGGGCCUGCGGAUGGAUUCACCAUGGCAGAAAAGGCUGCAACGAAGAAUUUCAUGGCGGUUGCUGGAUACGGGUUAGGAGCUGAGAACCAACGACAGCACCGUAUUUUCUGGAAAGCCCUCUUCCAAAUGCGCGAAGCGGGUAUUGAAAAAGUCCUCUACUACCGCACCAAGGAGUUUGACAGCUAUUGCAAGGGGUACCCCAAAACAGCAGAAAUCUCGCUUGUGGAUACAAUCAUGUCGUGGGAGACUCAGUAUAGACCUUUUAUCGAGCAGCUGGAGACACGUGUUCUCAGACUUGAACGAGGUGAUAUGGCGCGCUUCUGCGACCUUGAAUCUCCCCGUGUCAUGGAGCGAUUGGAAGUAUCCAAGUCCUCUUGGAACAAUGCUGGAAAUAAUUGGGCUUCAAUCAAGGAACAAGAGAGCUUCCAGAACCAAUAUCGGCACGCACUUCCUGCAGAAUUUUUACUCGAAUCCCAUAAUCACCAGUUUUUGGUCCCCGAAUUUGAGCAAGACAAGUCCUUAUUCGUCUUUCUCGUGCCUCAAGGCAUUAUGGCACUGUCCGUCUGUUCUAUCGUCCCGGUCUGUGAAGGUGAUCUCUUAGGGAUAUUUGCUGGCAGUGUCCGCUUCUCGGAAGAGUUCAACGUCGAAAACGGUAUUUGCAGUCCUAUCGAUAAUCUUUGGCUAGACUACUCCCAGAUCACCGGUACCUUGAAUCAAAUGCAGGUCUCCGAGCCUGGUGCGCCUGCAAACGUCCGUCUUCACUGGAACGUCAUUGAUGAAGACCUCGGGACAAAUCACUACACUUCGUGGAGAGUAUCAGUGAGAGCCACUCGGCCAAUCAGGCCAUUUUUUCCUCUAAUUCGUGCGACUUCCAAGCAUGAGCAGUACGACAUGCAUUUGUCUCCUGAUAAUGCGAAGAGAGCGUUUCUCGCACGUUGCAAAGAUGACUGA